UGACGCCCGAAAUUGACAACAAAUAACAACAAAAUCCGAUUUUCCACUAGCAAACUGACUACUGAAGCCUCCAAUCACUGCCGGUAAAUUUAGGGCUUUCAUAAACCGAUCGAAAAUUGCCAUCGCAUUUCCGCACAAUUACAGCGCAAUCAUGCACUGUUCACAUUGACCUCAUGCGUUUUUUGUUUUUUAAUUAAGCACAAUUUACCUUUCAUUCCCUAAUGAAAUAUGCAAUAUUUUCCAUAUUCAUGUGAAACUGGCGGGCAACGAAACAGUGAUUUGCCAAUUUUUGCGCCAAGUGAACCCUAAACGAACGGCUGGUAGGCAAUUAGGAAAAUAUCCUUCACAAAGCAAAACUCAUUUUCCCCAUUGCUGGACAAUCGGAAACUUUCCCUUUUUCCAAGGACAAUCGCGCAACAUGCAAAAGUUGCCGUUCGGCUUUACAUCCAAGGAAAUCAUCGACCAGGGAAGAACUUCCCGAGAAAAUAUCGAUGCCGUUAAACAAUGGCUUUCCUCAGUGGAUUCUGCGAUUAUUCCUCGAGUUCAGGAUGAGUUGGUGGUGAUUUUUCUGCUCUCUUGCGACAACGAUCUGCCACUCGCCCAACACACCAUCACCAUGUACUACAAGUGCAAGAGAAACAGUCCGGAUAUAUUCGAUAACAGAGAAAUGGACAGAGCUGAUCUGAAAAAAGCCAUGAAUUCGAU